AUGCCUCCUUACAAAAAGAGACAAUUAAAAGAAGAGCUAGGAUUAGCAGCCCCAAAUGAAAAUGAAUGGAAAGAUGCUAUUCUAUAGGCUGUUUAAAAAUAAAUGAACAAAAAGAGAGCAGUUCUUAUUAUUAAUCGGACAAUUUAAGACGUCAAUAAUAUUUAAUAACAUCUACAAAAAAAUAAUCUAAAAUCUGUAGUAUAUUAUGAUGACAGCUAAAAAAUAGAUCAUGAGAUAAAGCCUAAUUCUCUUAUAAUUGCUACUAAUUUGGCUGGAAGAGGAAUAGAUCUUAUUUCUAACUAAGAGUUAGAAAAUAAUGGAGGUCUGCAUGUGAUAAUGUCAUUUUUACCUAGAAAUAUUAGAAUUUAACAAUAAGGUUUUGGUAGAAUAGGUAGGCAAGGUAAAAAAGGUACUGCUUAACUUAUAGUUAAUUUGGAGGAAAAUCUUUAUAUUGGUUAAUUAUAAUUAGAUACUAUUGAAGAUGUUAUUGCUUUUUAUGUUUAAAAAGUUAAUUCAUCCUAUACAAAAUUAGAUCUCCUUGUAUAUUUAAGAAAUUUUAAUGAACAAUUUUACUCAGAUGAAAUAGAAUUGGAUAUGAAAAGAUUAGAAAAUGAGGAUAGAUGCUUUGAAAAGUUUUGCGAAAUUGCAAAAGGCAUGGUUAGUUUCAAGCAGAAUUAUGCAGCUUUCUAAGCUUUGGAAGAAAAAUGAGGCCUUUAUUUGGAAUAACAUCAAGAGACUGGAUUAAAUGAAAAUGAAAUUGAGAAAAUUUUGAAAGAAAAUGAUGUCGAAAAUCCAAAGUAUUUGAUUUUACAAGGAUUGGAAAAAGAUAAUCUUAAUAUGUUUAAGAAGGCUAUUCAAAUUUAAGAUAACGAUCCUUCUGCAUAUUAUUAUAAAGGAUUAUAUGAAAUAAAACAGUAAGAAUUUAAAAAAGGAAUGGAAUCAUUAUUGAAAGCAAAAUAACUAUUUCAAAAUAAAAUUGAUGAUGAAUAAGGAUUUUAAACAGCAUUUGAUUUAAAUAGAUUAUAGAUAGAAUAAUUUUCAAAAGAUCCUUAAGAAAAUUAAAAAUUUUAGAAAGAAAAAUAAACUUAAAUGUUGCCAUAACUUGAUCUUGAUAAUAAUCCUUUUUCAUAAUACUCAUAUCCAGAUUAAAAAUAAUAGAAACCUCAAUAGAUUAACUAAGAAGAUUCUCAUCAACAUAAUCAUAUAUCUAAUCAACAUAAUCAUAUUCCUAAUCAACGUAAUCAUAUACCUAAUCAACAUAAUCAUAUACCUAAUCAACAUAAUCAUAUUCCUAAUCAACGUAAUCAUAUUCCUAAUAUCCGGAAUGAUACUUUUGAUGAUCAAAAUAUAAAAGAAGAAAAUGAAAAUAAUCAAAAGAAAUAAAAUAAUAGAGAUUCAAAAACCAAGAAUCAUAUUGAAGUUUACAAAAGACUUAUUAAAAAUAUUAAUGAGACUUUAAAUACAUUAAAACAAUUUGAUCAGGAAUAAGAAAUUAUUAUUGUAAUUUGGACCCGUACUCAUCACGAUAAAUAAAAGAAAGAAGGUGAUGAUAAGGAUCCAUCUGAUGAAAAGAAUUCAUCUAAAGAUAAAUAAGAAGUGAUUAUUGAUGGACCAUUACCUUUGCUAGGAAAAGUUAUAAAAACAAAAAAAGAAAAAAAGAAAAAAAAGUGGUGGCAAUAUCUAGCCAUGUUUGUAAUUGGAGCAGUUCAGUUUGUUUUUGGAUGCGCAGUGAGCGCAAUAUCUUGUGGAGCUGCGAUACCUAUAGCAAAAAGUUUUAUAACUGGAGGAAUUUCAGAUAUGGUCUAUUCUGUCACAGCAGCUUGGAAAGGAUUAGAUAUUGAUUGGGGAGCUUGGGGAAAAAACAAAAUGAUUAAUGUUGCAUCAGCAUUAGUAUUAGCAGGACCUUCUGGGGUUAAGGAAGCUCUCUAAAUAGGAGGCAAAGGGUUUUAAUCAAUAAAAUAAAUUGGCAUUACUGAAUUUUUGAAAUAAAUCCCAACUGUAACAGUGGAUGGAUUAAAAAAAGCAGGUUUUUGGUUAAGUGAUUUAGAUAAAGUAAAUAUCUAAAAUUAGUAUCAAACUUUAUAAAUGAUAUAAUAAACUGCUUUAUAAACAUAGAAUAAUAAUCAAAUAUUAAAUUUAGCAACCGAAGUUUUAGGAGAUUAAGUCAGAAAUGGAGCUAUAUCUGAAAGUACAGCAUCUAAUCUGUACGAUUUAGUUAAUUAAUGUUUUUAAUAAUCUAAAGGAACAGUUAAUGGUUUUCGAAAUAGUUUUUGCGAAUUAGCAAAAAAAUAUUUAAGAUUAUAGAUAGCUAAAAGUAAAAGUAGCAAAUCAGAAAAAAAUUUAAAAAAAGAAGUAGAAGAAAUUUGCUAGACUCAAGGAAAUAAAAAAUUUGAUGGAAUACAAAGCAAAAUUCAUUAAUAUUAAUAAAAAUGA